CAUCCACCGAAUCUUAAAGUGGCCAUCCUCAGUAGCCCACCAGAAUCUCGCCACAUGCCUAUCAAGGAGCCGACAGAGAGACAGAGGCAAUUUGAAACAAGACAUAACAUGCAAGGGAAAAGUCAGGGCCACUGAUUUAAUCAAAGUCUCUUUUGCAGCCCAAGAUAGGGUCCAAUGUUUCCAACGCUACUUUGCAAGUGUUGAACUUGGACUCCUGUCGACUAAGGAAAAAUACGAUCGAUCGAUAGCACAAAAGAUCUUCCAAUGAUUCCACGGUAAAGGGAUUCCAACUAUAGAUUGGUAUUAGUAGUAAAGAUGGAAUUUCUUACCAUUUAAUCCAAUUUAAUCUCAGCAAGAGUGUGUAAUAUAAGCAUAGAAGUUCUUGAUUUAUCAUUCAUACACUUGGAUAAACAUAUUCUUUUAGGUUUAGAGUUUGGUGAAGAAGAAAAGAUUUGAUUGUGAGGUACCUUUAUAUUGACAAAUCGACCAAAUUGUUAGAGUGCCGACUAAUUUGGGGCACAUUAUCGGCAAUGUUAGUUUAAGAUAUGUAUCCUCAAUCAGUUUACCUCUUCUUUGAGCGGCUGACUAGUCUCUAUGUCCAUAUCAUAAUUUGCACAACAGAUCCCCCACAUAAUAUUGAACAAUCACAAGACUCUUUGGAAUUAUGGUACACUCUCGACUUCGUUGGCUUGAGGUAAGGAAGAUAAGGCUGAAAAGAUUCCCCACCUAAUUUUAUCGGUAGACCUCUUAUCUGUUAUGGAUCGUUGUUAGUUUUAUUUGACUUUUUAGGCUCAACAGGUCGACUAUACUUAAUCAACGAUCGACAACUUCUCUAUUCGUGGUUUGUAUUAUUUUUGAGUACUUUUUUAGACUCAACAGUCGACCACAUAAUACCACUGUUUGACCUCUUGUUUGUUCGUGGUCUAUUAAUCGAUUGUUAGGGAUAUUAUCAUUCAAAGCACAAAAAAUUAUAUUUUACGCAAUUUUUUUUUAAUUUUAAUGUAACACGAAUGAGAUAUAAUCCAUUGAAGAUUUAUAGGAGAUUUAAAAAGUGUAUUAACUCUCGUAUAGAAAUACGCGUAGACACCCAAAUCUCUCACCCAAACCCUACUUUCCAUUUUCCAUCUUACCCCUUUGUAAUGAUGACUAUUAGAUCACUCAUUCUCCAAUCUCACCCCUAUAAUUUUUCAUUCUCUACUUCGUGAGUCCUGAAUCAUCAAGGAAUUUAGGCAAUCCUCUAAGGGAGGAGAAGUUUAUAAUCUUGGCUAGUAUCCUACAUUUAUGAUAGGAAUGUUCGAAGCCUUGUUGCUUUAGUCAAGAGAGAUAGAACUUGCCAUACUUCAUCGUACGAUCUCUUACCAAAAUCAAUGGAUAUGUGACAAAUUCUUUCAAGGUUGACAUUAUCACGCUUGAGAAAGUCAUUUGUGAGAUCGGAAACAAUCAUGAACAUAUCUUAAGAAGAUGUAAAAGAACGGAAGGGGUCUGGAGACACUUCAAAGAUAAGCUUCAAGUCACCUCACCAACUGUGGAUUUUCAAACUUGGUUGUGUGAAAAUCUCAAAGCAGAGGACAAUGGGGUGGAGUUCGGCCUUAUAUGCUGGAUUCUUUGGAAGCAGCGGAAUGAAGAGGCGAUGGAAGGAAAGAAAUUUACAACAACAUGGACGAUCUUUAGAAUCCUUGCGUGGAUACAGGUCAACAGACAAGCAAGGGAGAAUGCCUUAAGAUGCAUCCUUCCUACAAGAAGAAGCCAAGUUACGCAGUCGUUGGCGUGGCACCCUCCUCCGGAAAGCUGGGUUCAACUCCAUACUGAUGUCUCUAUGAAUGGGUUGUCUGGGAGAGCAGUAGCGGGAGGACUUUUGAGGGACCACCUUGGCAGAUGUGUUGAUGCAUUUACCUGCAAUCUGGGCAAAUGCACAAUCACAAUAGCGGAGCCUUAAGAGGCGGCUGAAGGACUCGAACGUGCGUGGGAGAAAGGGUUCAGGAAAGUGGAACUAAACAUGGAUUCAUCUACUGCCGUGGCUCUCAUUAAUCGAAGGAAUGACACCAACCAUAGUCAUGGAGCAGUUGUGGAACAUAUUGUUAGAUUGCUUGAUCGUGAAUGGGAAGUUAGAAUUUCCCAUUGUUUUUAGAGAAUGUAACUUUGCACAGCAGAUUUUUGGCUGACAAGGACCAUCGGGCCCCCUAGGUCAUUGGCUGAACUUCGAUUCCAUUGGGGUUUCCGUGGAUCGCGUUAUUUUUAAUAUAAUCUAGACGCCAGUUGGUGCCUGUCUCACUACAACAGCAACAACAAAAAAAAAAAAAACUUGGACCCACUUUAACUAAAAACCAAUCAAUCCCCAAACAUAAUUUCUCAUAUUUCAAAUCUUGCAUUUCAGCAAAAUCAUUUUUAAAUCCCACCAGCAAACAAACCCUAAGCUAAUAUUCCCAAAUAAAUUAUCCAGUGAAGUACUUUCCGGCGGCCACUUCAUUAAUUGGCAUUUUGUCUUCUGGUUGGAGACCUAUUUAUUAUUAUUAUUAUUAUUAUUAUUAUUAUUAUUAAAAUAUUACUAUUAUAUCUAUUUUAAUUCGGUUACCCAGCUGGCGACUCACUGUAUGUAUCUAUCAGUCCAUUAGAUUAGGGAUGGCAAUGGGUCGGGUUGGGUCGGGUUUUGCCAAACCCAAACCCAAACUCAUGGGUUUAUCGGUGAAAAAAACCCGGGGUAAAACCCACUGGGUUUGAAAAACUCAAACCCAACCCAACCCGUUGGGUAUCCGCUGGUUCAUGGGUACCCAGGGGUUUUUGUCGUAAAAAAUUUACAAUAACAAGUUCCUAUCAAAAUUAAAGUCAAAUAUCAAUCUCUCAAUACAAAUUAUCCAUAUUU